AUGUCAACGACAGCCAUUGCACUGGGAGUCGCCAUCGCCACUCCCAUCCUAAUCAAGACACUCGCAGGAUCAAAAGGACCCACAAGGGCAAAGACCAUCCCUCACGCAGACGAACGAGUUGUCAUCAUCGGAGCCAGCUCAGGAAUCGGGUCUGAACUCGCUCGUAUAUAUGCCGGUCGACACGCGCACGUCGUCAUGGUCGCCCGCAGGAUGGAACUCCUUCAGCAAUUGAUUCAUGAGCUUUCUUCAACUGCUAGCUCAAUCCAUGCUAUCCAAGGAGAUGUCACCUUGCCCGAGGAUGUCCGCAGGAUCACGCUCGAGUCCUUAAAGGCUCUCAACGGCAAAGUCGACACACUCAUCAUUUGUGCCGGCAUUAUCUCCGUCCUGCCCUUUGCUGAACUCGCAGGCAUCGACUCUGCGAAAACAACUACAUCCGAAUCUGACUACAGCCAUCUCCUGCCUACCGACUCUGACAAGGCCCUGGAGGCUUCGAUCAGGAUCAUGAACGUCAACUACCACGCACCUCUCAACCUCGCCAGCCAUUUCCUCCCCGCACUUACACAGACCAGCGCUGCUGGCAACAUCAUCGUCGUCUCAUCCAUGGCAGGUAAGAUCGGCGCCCCUACUCGGUCGAUCUACUCUGCGAGCAAACAUGCCGCCCAGGGGUUCUUUGACGCUUUGGGCAUGGAAGUCGAGCGGACAGGAGUUCAUGUCGGGAUCGUCUCUCCAGGAACAGUCGCCACCGACCUUCGCCAGUCCGCUGUGGAUCUCCCCACAGCUGAGGCAACAUCAUCGACAAGUCCAGCAGCUCCAGUCAAAGUGGCGGGAACUAAAAAGGGCGCGAUGACGGCCAAGGCGUGUGCGGAGGGAAUUGUUCGAGGAUCUGAUUUGCGCCAACACGAAGUCAUUAUGCCGUGGUUCUACCAUGUCAGUCUUGUUCUUCAGAUUGUGAGCCCUAGUUUGGUACGAUGGCUCGCCAAGAAAAAGUACGGCUACCUGUAG